AUGUGUGGACGUUUUGCUUGUGGUUUAGCUCCUGAUGUUGUACGUCGUCUAUCGACUUAUAUGAACUCGCAAACAAAAGAAUUAACUUUACCGCCGUUUAUUGAUUUAAUGUCGUCAGUGAAACCUUUUCAAUCUAGUUGGAAUAUAUCUCCAACAUCUACUUGUUUAUGCUUGAUUUCAGCAAAACAUUUAGAUGAAACAGAAGAUUCAGCGACACGUGUUCUUUGUUCAAUGCGUUGGUCAAUGGUUCCUAAUUAUCAUAAAGGCAGUUUGCAUGAGUAUAAACCUAUUUUGAAUAAUUGUCGCGUGGAAACUAUUGACGAAAAGCCAACAUUUAAAGUACCAUUACGAAAUGGUAAACGAUGCCUCAUACUUGCUGAAGGCUUUUUUGAAUGGAAAAAAAACGUGCUGAAAACGCCAUACUUCAUAUAUGACAGCGAACCAUUGAUUCAUGAAAAACAGUAUCCGAAUAUAAAUACUGAUCAAAUUAUUGAAAAAAUCGAAAAAGAAAAUCCAGGCAAAUUGCCAUUAUUAGCCAUGGCAGGCAUUUUCGAUGUCAAUCGAUAUUGUGAGAGUGAUCCAUUGUAUUCAUGUUCGGUGUGUACGGUUGAUGCUAGUGAAAAAAUGUUAAAUGUACAUAUCCGAAUGCCAGCUAUUUUAACAACGCAACAAGAAAUCGAUCAAUGGCUUGAUUUUGGUCGAUAUGAUACUGAAAAAGUUCUUCCAUUACUUUUACCACAUAACAAUAUUCAAAUGUAUCGUGUAAUGCCAAAUAUAGGAUCAACAAAAACAAAUGACGUGAACAAUAUCCGACCAUUUACUCAGGAUCAAAUUACUAAAGCCAGCGCUCCAAUUCGAAAUACACUCGAUUCAUUUGUUGUUAAACGAGAACCAAGAGAGUAUUUUGAAGAAUUAAAAGUAAAAAAAGAAGAAAAUACAACACCAAAAAAGACAUCUAUAAAACGUCCUCAAGGCAAUAUCGAAGAUUACAUGUUCAAAAACAAAAAAUCAUCAAGAAAACGAUUUAAAGAAUAG